AUGUCCCGCGAACAAUACACCCCACCCACCCUCCAAGACCGCAACGCCGGCCCCUCCUCCUCCUCCCAACAAUCGCAAACCCAACAAACCACCAGCCAACCAUACACAGGCGGCGGCUUCAACCUGACAGCCGCCUCGCUCGACGCUUUGGGCGACGACUCGCGCCCCAUCCACUACCUGUGCGGCGACUGCGAUGCGCGCGUGACGCUGAAGAAGGGGGAUGCGAUUCGGUGCAAGGAGUGUGGGUAUCGCGUGCUGUAUAAGGAGAGGACGAAUCGGAUGAUUCAGUUUCAGGCGAGGUAG